CGUGCUCCUGUCAAAACGGCGCCGCCGGCUUGAAGGCGGCACAUCCGCUUGCGCGCUUACGAUUCUGAUUGCCCGACAUCGGGAGGUCGCGCAGCGGCAUGCGUACGCCAGCAGCUCGGCUCAGGCCUUUCGCCGAGGUUGUCAUCCUCCGCGGCUCCCUUUGACCCAAGGGCUCUGGCGCACCACAGCUGCUGCAGCCGCACACUUGAUCUGACGCUGCUCAACACCUUCCAGUUGACCGGUCCACGUGCAUGCCAAGAGCUCGUACCCUCGCGGUAGCGUCGAGCCAGGCAUGAAAGAUGUACCCGAAAAGUUGGCCUAGCGCCACAUUGGCGUGCGGAGCCGAGAUACAGGUCCCCGAAUGAGGAUAGACGCUCACAUCACUGUGACGCUGUGAUCUGAUCUCUGGGUUGGACGACGAGGAGUCUAUGCGCUUCUUUCCUUCCGUCCGGCGCCUUCGCAACGCCGCGCUCAGCACGUGAUGCUGCUGUGAUGCUAUUCUGGCGUUGUUCGGCCGGCGAGAGAUGUCGGACCUCGGCUUCUCCAGGCUUCAGCUGCAACCACCACCCGCAAGCUCUCAACAUGCGCAAAGAAGUGGACCUCGCGCACCUUUUCGUGCCAGACCGCAUCGGCGGUCGAAGCGACGGCGGCAGCAUCGAGGUCUCCACUCCGUCCUCCCUCGCAGGUCGUCACAGCGAAGCUCCGACCACAGCUAGUGGCGAGGAAGCGCAGCCAGAGGAAGCUAGCUGCACGUGCUCGAAGGAGGCGCACCACUUUGCCGAGCAGACCAACUAUCUGCCGCCCAGCAAAUUGAUCCCAAUCUUCCUCGCGCUGGCGCUCAUCGACUUUGUCGCGCUCAUCGACCAGACGACGCUCUCCGUGGCGCUCGCCAUCAUCGGCGCCGAGUUCAACGCCGGCUCGCAGGUGUCGUUCAUCUCGAGCGCCUACUUCAUCUCCAGCACGGCCUGCCAGCUGCUCUAUGGCCGCGUCUCGGACAUCACCGGACGCAAGGUGCUGCUGCUCGCCGGCAUCUGGGUCGUCUUCUUCGGCUCGUUGGCGAGCAGCUUGGCGACGGACGUGAUCAGUCUCUCGGUCUUCCGCGGCGUGACCGGCCUCGGAGGCGGCGGCCUCAUGACGAUUGCCCAGAUCAUCGUCUCGGAUGUGGUGUCUCUGCGGCAGCGUGGCAAGUACCAGGGCAUCCUGGGCGCCGUCGUGGCACUCGCGAAUGGCAUUGGUCCCGUCAUCGGAGGUGCUCUCGCUUCCACCUCAACAUGGCGCAACAUCUUCCGUCUGAUGCUGCCUCUUUCCUUCCUCGGCGGCGUGGCCGUGUGGUUCUUUAUGCCGCUAAAGCCCGUCGAGGGCGACUGGCGGCAAAAGUCUCGAGCCAUUGACUGGCUCGGCGCCUUUCUGUCCUUUGCUGCUGCACUGCUGCUCGUUCUCGGUUUCACGUGGGCCAGCGAGUAUGCGUGGGACGACACCCACGUGCUGGGCCCCCUGCUCGCUGGCCUCGCCACCUCCCUCGCCUUCGUGCUGUGGCAGGGCUACGGCUGCAGCGCGGAGCGGCCCGCCUUGAUGCCGCUGGGCAUCUUCAAGAGCGGCGUCGUGUGUGGCGCUUGUAUCACGCAGACAAUCAACGGCUGGCUCUUCGUGACGCAGGUCUACAUGAUCCCGCAGUUCUACCAGCUGGCGUACGGCUACUCCGCGACGCGAGCUGGAAGCCUGCUGCUGCCGUUGACCGUCGUGCAGACUGCCGCGUCGACGCUCAGCGGCUUACUCAUCACCUGGACAGGCCGGUAUCGCGAGAUCCUGCUAGUGGGAUGGGCGCUCUGGGCAGUCGGCCUAGGCCUCUUCUCGACGCUCGACUCGUCCUCGGGGCUCGGCAAGCAGAUCGGCUACUCUCUGCUGGCGGGCGUCGGCGUCGGAGCGACGCUGCAGCCCUCGCUGAUUGCCAUUCAGGGCGCUGUGCCGCGCAAGGAGAUGGCUGCCGUCACUGCGACGCGCAACUUUGUGCGCAACCUCGGCGGCGCGCUGGGCCUCGCGCUGGCCGGCACUGUGCUCAACAAGUCGGCCACGGCGGCGCUGCUGCCGC